GUCUUCAUCGUGCUGCACGAGCUGCUACCCACCGCCCACCGCUACCUGCCGGACCGGUCGGGCAAGGUGACGGCGUAUACAUUCGCCGGCAUGGCCUUCAUGGCCCUCUCCAUCGUCCUCCUCGAGCUGGGCGAGGGGCACGAGCACUAG